AUGGGCUACAUGGAUCCAAGAGAAAGAGACAUGAGAAUGGGUGGCAGAGGAGCAAUGAACAUGGGAGAUCCCUAUGGUUCAGGAGGCAAGAAAUUUCCACCUCUAGGUGGUGGUGGUGGCAUAGGUUAUGAAGCUAAUCCUGGCGUUCCACCAGCAACCAUGAAUGGUUCCAUGAUGGGAAGUGACAUGCGUACUGAGCGCUUUGGGCAGGGAGUUGCGGGGCUUGUAGGUGGACAGGGUCCCAGAGGAAUGGGGCCUGGAACUCCAGCAGGAUAUGGUAGAGGGAGAGAAGAGUACAAAGGUCCAAACAAAAAGCCCCGAUUUUAG